GAAGAGCAAGGGGAGGAGAGAAAGUGCUCAUGAAAAGGUGGAAAGCGAAAGUAAAGCUCAGAAGAAUGAUGCAGCCCUGAACAGCAACCCAACACCACGGCACGAGGGUGCUAAUGCUGGAGGGCUGAGGGGACUGGCCAUUACAGUUCCACCGGCCUGGGGGACAGUGAGCUGACCGGGGCGUCUUGCAUAACACAUGAGACUGGAGGAGACUGGAGGAGAAAAGAAGGAGAACUUCUUCCCUAGUGCGAGUCUGAAUGUUCACGGUGGCAACAUGACAGGCUGGAGACGCACAAUUCUUUUUGUCCUGGCCCUGAGCAUAAUCAACCUGUCAGAAGAGAACUGCGCCGACUAUCCAAGAAAUAACACAGGCAGUGUCACCCUCGUUGAAGCAAAUAAUUUCCAGCGCAUGAUGGAAUGCACAAUAGAGACGGAGUGCACAAAUAACCCAACCUCCAUCUGUUCCAUGUUGGAGUGUGUGAACAGUGAGCGUGCAAACGUUGAGAUAAAGAAUGUCAGUGACUUCUGUGGAAAACAUUUAUUCACAGUCCCUUUAUUUUACUUUGAGUGCUUGGUGACCAUAGCGUCUAACAACAUUCCUGAAGCUUGCCGAUAUGUUAUUUCAGACAAAGUCUUCCGACUCUAUUCCGAUACAUUUAAUGCAACAACAUUGCCACCAACAACAACAACAUUGCCGACAACAACAACAUUGCCGACGACAACAACAACAACAACAACAACAUUGCCGACAACAUCAACAACAACAACAACAACAACAUUGCCGACAACAUCAACAACAACAACAACAACAUUGCCGACAACAGCAACAACAACAUUGCCGACGACAACAACAACAACAACAACAUUGCCUUCAACAACAACACUGACAACAACAGUCACACAGAGCACAGUAAACAAAGACAGUGGUCAAGCAUCAUUUCAUGGAGAGGGUGGAAAAGACGUUAUAUCCCUGAAGAUAUUAUUGAUGAUAUCUUUGGUCCUGAAUGUGGCCAUGAUGCUGGCUUUACUUUACUUCAAAAAGCGCCAGCAGAGGAAGGACUGCAGAACUAGUGAAUUCUGUGAGGUGAAUGAAGUCUUAUUAGAAGCUCAGCCAGAGAUAGAGCUAAAGACAACAGCGUCGGCAGAUACAGAGGAAGUGACUUCACAUUUUAUACAGCCCCCUGUGUGCCUCUCGGUCGACGCAGAUUCAGCUCCUAUGAGGAAUAGUGGGAAUGAGACCCUAAACUAAGGACAUUGCUGAUGCAGCACAGCUGUGGGAUCCACCUGUGUGCCAGGUGCCAAGAGACCUGAAUCACCCUGGUGUGCAAACAGCUUGAGGCUCACAUUAAGAAGGAUAACUCUCUAAGGUGACACUUGACUUCAAACUUGAAGUUGAGGCGUGAGCAUAAACAAGCUGCAGCAUGCCGGUUCAUUCAUCUGUACUCAUCAUGAUGAAAAAGGUAUUCAUUACACUGAGGACAGUUAAAGGGACACAAAGGGGAAUGUCAGACCACCCAUUCCAGUCCUGUGCUACUUGUCUGAACCAAAUUUUGAGGGAUUUGUUUGUGUAAAUGGUACAGGAAUUAUCACUUUAUCUUCUUGUUGAGCUUUGUAUAGAACACGGCAGAGCACUCACAUGUGUGUACAGCUUUGUGUUUUCAAAAACAUUUGUAAAAAAACAGUUGUCAAAUAUAGUACUGCUGUUAGUAGGUUUUUGUUUUAUAUGCAUGGAAGACAUUGGACACGAUAUCGAGGCUAACUAGGACAGACAGGACCUGACUGGCUCAUCUAUAUUUCUCAAUAUAAAGACAGAGCAUAAAUGUUACUCACUAGCUUCGUCUCAUCCUCCUGUUCAGUCCUGUCUCAAUCCAAAAAGCAUAGGUGUAAAGUAAGUUGCACAAGAAAAUAAUAAGAAAAUAUUUUCACCUUAUAAGAUUUUCCACUCAUUGGAUUUCUUCUCAGUGAGCCAUUGGAAUUUUCUGCUAAAAACAAUGUUUAUUUUCUGAAAGAGAUAGAUCACCUGCUGAAGGUCCUCUCAACCCCAUAAAAACACAGGUGUUUAUUGGUAGCUCAUGUCUUAUUUAUUUUUUUCAUUGCAUGCAUUGAAUUUUAUCAAGUUAAAAUAAAGAAAUGCAAUUUGAAAUGCAUAUUCGGUUGAGUUGCUCAAAGACUUACCGGAUUACAGUCUAGAGCCAUAGAUAACUACAUACCUUGACAUGCUAAGCUAACUCUGCUGUGUGUGAUCAAAUGAAAGUCCAUUCCACUGCAUUAUUCACAGUUUUUUAUCAGCUGUGAAACAAGCUGUAGAAAAAGGUAUUUAAAACGUCAUUAUUCUGGACAGGUUUUUGUGUUUUAUAUUCUAAAUAGAGGAUCCACUACUCCUGAUAUAUUCUUUGGACUUCUACAUGCUGUUGACAGCUGAUAGUAGCCUUCAAUAAUGGUAAAAUACCAGCAUUUCAUUUUGUGUUACAUCCCGUCUGCCUCAUAAUAUUUGGAGGAACGCCCUGCCCUGUCUUUCUUGCAAGUGUAAUGCCUUGCUUUUAUAUUUUUUUAAGUCGUCCGUUUUAUUUAUGGUGGUUUUUAACAGUCCAAAAUAGGACAAUGUGCACAUUGUGAGGUGUUGUUUUAUACAUGCAGCUAUUAUGAAUGUACCUGUACUUUCUACUUAAUUGUGAAUAAUAAUGUACAAACUUUAGUGAGAAAGCUGAGAAGGCCCUGGAGGCAGCACUGACCACAUUGGUUGAGAUGAAUUUCAAUGGCUGGAGCCAAUACAUAAAUCAUAAGGUCAGAAAUGAAUUUUAAAAAAGUCAGUUUACCCGAAUCUCCGUCCACUAAGGUUUAACUCUUGCAGUUGUUCCAUGAUGGAUAUUUCAGAGAUAAAUUGUAUUGUCCUACAUCAUGGUGUGAAUAGGAACCAGAACAUUAAAGCUAUGCCUGUAUGUUAGUAUUAUUUAAGGCCUGUGGCAUGUUUGUAAUCUCUGUAUUCUGUAAAAAAUGUUUCCUUGCCCAUGGUUCAACCUACUAUGUGUGUUUAUGUGAUUGUAGCUUCUAUCCAACUAUUUUUUGUAACGUUCAUUUUUGUUUCUAGAAAAUGAGACUGUAGUGCAGUGGGUUGCAAACAUAUUCACUCCCCUCGGCAUUUUUGCUAUUUUGUUGCUUUACAACCUGGCAAGCUCAGCACAUCUAGCCACUGGGAUUCUUCUUGAAGGCAAAACUGCCCCAGCUCCUUCAAGUUGGAUGGCUUCUACUGGUGUACAGCAAUCUUAAUCAUAUCACAGAUUCUCAAUUGGAUUGAGGUGUGGGCUUUGACUAGGCCAUUCCAAUACAUUUAAAUGUUUCCCCUUAAAUCAGUUGAGUGUUGCUUUAGCAGUACACUGCAGGUUAUUGUCCUGCUGGAAGGUCAACCUCCGUCCUGGUCGCAAAUCUCAAUGGCUUUAUUCUGGCCACUCUUUCGUUAUGCCCAGAUCUGUGGAUCCUAUGGACAGAUACUCCAAUCUCUGCUAUGGAGCUUUGCAGCUCCUUCAGGGUUUUCUUUGGUCUCUUGGUUGCCUGUCUGAUUAAUGCCCUCUUUGUUGGGUUUGCUGUGGUCCUAUAUUCUUUCCAUUUUUUAAAAAUGUCUUCAAUGGUGCUCUGUGGGAUGUGCAAAGUUUUGGAUCUGUACUUCUCCACAACGUUGCCCCUGACCUGUUUGUUCUUCAUGGUGUUGCAGACUCCUGGACCUUUCAGAACAGGUCUAUAUAUAUAUAUAUAUAUAUACUGAAAUAAUCUUAUAAAGGAGUUCAGUCUAGACCUGCUCUAUUUGAAAAGUGUCCUGAGAUAACUUCUGUUAUGAAUUGGCGCUAUACAAAUACAAUUGAAUUGAAAUGAAUAGAUCAUGUGACACUUAGAUUGCAGACUUUAUUUAACUAAUUAUGUGACUUCUGAAGGUAACUGGUUGCACCAGGGUCUUGAUGGCAAUGAAUGCACCACUUUUCCAUUAUAUUGUAGAUUUUUUUCUUCAUUUCACUCUAGAAAAUUUGAAAUAUUUUGUGUAUGUCCAUUACAUGAAAUCCAAAUAAAAAUCCAUUUCAAUUCCAGGUUGUAAGGCAACAAAAUAGGGAAAAUCCCUAGGUCCUUUUUCUUUUGGUACUGGUGGGCACUGAACUCAGAAAUCUUUCAAUUCUAAACCAGUACCUUUACAUUGGGCAUCAACAUAGCUCAACAAAUAAAGGCUUUCUAUUCUGA